AUGUCCGGCAGCAACAGCAGAGAUGCCACCAUAACGGCUCUAGGAGGCGCCGCAACCCAUACACACUCAAACCCAGCAUCAACUACGAUCCAGGCUUCCGAGACCACACCUCUACUGGCAGUAUCAUCAGAAAAUCCAGUCACCCAAGCCGAUUCCGAAACAUUGGAGAUCAACAAGAUUGGCAGCACAGAGACUGCCGCCGAAGAUGACGAUGACGACAAGCCUUUACCUGUGGGCCAGAUCAUACUCUUGUGCUAUGCUAGGCUUGUUGAGCCGAUCGCUUUCUUUUCCAUCUUCCCCUUCAUCCAGCAGAUGAUUUUGGAGGUUGGUGGUGUUGAGGAAGAGGAUGUUGGAUUUUAUAGCGGUUUGAUUGAAUCACUCUUUUCCCUUACACAAAUGCUCUUUAUGAUCUCUUGGGGCCGCGUUUCAGAUCGAUACGGAAGAAAGCCAGUUUUGGUGUACUCUGUUAUCGGUGUCUCCAUCAUGACUUGCCUGUUCGGUUUCAGCAAGUCUAUGUGGCAGAUCAUCCUGUUCCGCUGCCUUGCUGGAGUGUUUUCUGGCACCAUCGUUACUGUCAGGACCAUGCUCUCGGAAAACUCGACCCACAAAACUCAAGCGCGAGCAUUUGCUUGGUUUGCAUUUUCUGGCAAUAUGGGCAUCUUUCUGGGACCUGUCAUUGGUGGUGCUUUGUCUUCUCCUGCAAGCCAGUAUCCUCGUGUUUUCGGGGGCAUCUGGUUCUUCGAAGAAUAUCCGUAUGCACUGCCGAAUAUCGUGGCCAGUCUGUUUGGCUUCAGCGCCGCUGCCAUCUCAGCCAUCCAUCUCAAAGAGACUCUGGUGUCAGCGAAGGAAAACAGCGGACCCGUCGAGCCACCCAUGUCAAUCUGGCAACUAGUCAACCAGCCCGGCGUCUCUUUCACCUUGUUCAUCUGGUGUUUCGUCUCUCUCAUAGGCCUCGCCAACACUGCCGUUUUCCCCGUCUUCUGGUUCACCAGCAUCCCCAAAGGUGGCUACGGCUUCGCGCCUAUCCAGAUCUCGCUUAUUUUGGCCCUCGGAGGUAUCUCGCAAGCGCUCUGGUUGCUCUUCAUCUUCCCACCCAUGCAAAGACGCUUCGGUACUGGAGGUGUUUUGCGCUUCAGCGGUUGGCUCUUCCCUUUGGCGAGUAUCUGGAACCCACUGCUUCAGUAUAUGCUCAGAAAGGGCGUUACAGCUCCUUUCUGGACUUUGCUUCCUAUCACGACCAUCAUUGGUACUGGAGCCGCUAUGGCGUUUACUUGCGUUCAGUUGUGCGUCAACAACGUCUCACCAUCGGCAGCUAGUCUGGGUACGAUGAACGGAUUGGCCUUGAGUAUGGUUGCUGGUAUUCGUGCUGUGGCGCCUGCGUUAUUUGCCAGUCUGUUCGCUACAGGCGUCAAGACACAGAUUCUGAACGGCUACUUGAUUUGGUUGGUCAUGCUCAUCAUGACAUUGAUCUUGUUUGUGGCAAUCAGAUUCUUGCCCGAGAAGGCUGAGGGGAAGGUCGUGAAGAAUGCAGAUGAGGAAGAUGCAUAA